UUAUCUCCAAUUAUACAUCUUACUUUCCAUUAUAUAACUAGAUAUCUAAACGCAGGAAAUCGAUCAUUGGUCUGUGCGGCCAGGUAAAAGUGCAUCGACGACACACAUUCGCGUUGACGUGAACGGGGACACGAUAGGAAAACAACGUUUCAUUGAGCAACGAUUCGUUUAAGCGUAAUCGAUAUCGUUCUCCAAGAAACGCCACGCAAGAAAUCGAUUAUAUUCUUACGGAGUAGCGGCUACGUGAUCGCACUUAAGCGUUUACCGACACCAUUUUUAUCUACUAUUACGAGAUAAUGCUUCAAAAAAACACGGCUGCUUCGACUUAAUCGACCCUCUCCACAGCUAGAUUUAUCCUGUGUAUAAAAAUUUCUGAAGAAAAUAAAUAAAUAAAUAAAUAAACGUAACCUCGUUCGUAAGUAUACUCUCGAUGCUAUUGCAACACUUGUACAAGUACUUGAUAAAAUCUUACAUUUCCAUUACAUUAUAUGUAAUUGAAAUUGACAAAUCUCUCAAUAUGUAUAUACAUAUAUAUAUAUCUUUAAAGAUUCCAUAAAUCUUCUCGUUAAAUUUAUAUAGCCUUUAGAUUUUUUUCCAAAUCUCUUUCACUUUCACUUUCUUCUCUCGAAUUCGACACUUAUUAUCGAUACACACUCCAGACUUUCGAAUACAAUGAAAAACUUUUGACUUUCACUCUCGCACCCUUCCUCCGAUCGUAAAGAGAGAUCCAUGGACGAGUCUUUUUCUUCCUUCGAAUAUUCGUUUCGUCCUCGAACCAAGCUCGAAAUGCCACGUUUCCGCCCGACGGUUCAACGGCCACUCCCAAAGCCCGACGGUUCAACCCCUGUCACCACUUUCGAUUUCCUUCGGAUCGGCCGACAUUCCACGAACUUUCCAUCGUGGAAAGUCGAUCGAAAGCAAAUCGUUGAUUCGAAACGGUGGCGACGACCUUGUCGAGGGUCGGCUCGGACAACUCUGGAAGAGGAGGACGUCGGAGACGUCGCGUGCGGUUCCUGGUGGCGCACUAAAUGUCGCAAUCUCUCGCUGCCGAUCGUUCGAACGGCUCGUUGAAGGAAGGGGUCGAACACUUUCUCUCGGACGCGGCCAGGCAGCGUCGAACGGGUGUACGAGCCGACGAGAGGAACACUCGGCCACGAGUUUUUACCAAAGGAACAACUAGUCCGCCGUCACGUAUCCUCGUCACGGUGCUCUCCUCUGCCGACCCGUACAACAGGUCUCUGAAUUCGAAAUCGUUCUGGAUUUCUAAAUGAACAGUGUGUGCCGGGGUUGAUUCAGACUUUCAACUGCGUUCCAAGAUGAGAUUGACGCAAGCUUCUUCCAUUCUUGGGUGUUGGUUGUUGGCAGUGACGUUGGUGGACGCCGCGCCGAAUCCGCAGGAGCCAUUGUUCAAUCUUCCCGUGCAGCUGAUCGGCUUCCCGGUGAUCGUAGCCACUGUGAGGCUCACCAACUUCGUAAAGAAACUCGCCUACUCGUUGAAUCCAGAAACUUACGUCAGUCGAGUGAGACGAGAUCUUCCUCUGGUCCACGACGAGGAGAUCCUCAACGUCGAUCAAGUGGAGAAGAAGUUGGUAUCGGAAUUGGGCAACAACGUUUGCGUUUAUGAGAGAAUUUGCGCGAGAUAUGCCACCCAAACUCUGAAGAAACGAAGCAGGGAACGAGUUCUUGAUUGGGAUAUUAUUUUCAGCGAGUACAAAUCAUCGCCGAUCCCGAUGAAGGAGAACUAUUUAUUGAGCGUGUUCCUGGGCGACAUCAUAGGAAGCCCGCGACUCUGUCACCAGUUGGCGAAACGAGGAAGAGGCUGCGACGAGGCAACGCUCUCCGAUUAACUGUAAAACACCAACUGCGAACAUCGCCGCCACUUGCGAGCACCGAUUGUAAAUAAUUCCCGUGUUCCCGUGUAUUCGAAUCGCCAUUUUCAUUCCAUGGUAAAUCUCCUUGGAAAUUGCGACCGGGAGUUGGCAAACGAAUAGAGAAAGCAGGCGAUGAUUAGAGCGUUUUUUUAAUUAAUUGUUAGUCGUUUCCUUUAUCCCGAAGAUUACCCGCUUCUCUGACACGAUUUAUUCAGUUAAUUGUACUUUAUUGUUAUGGUGAAAUUUAAAUGGAACGUGUGAGGAAGUUUAAUAAUAUAAUCUAUCCGAUAGAAUAUUUGUUUUCUAAUUUUUCUAAGAAUUCAUCGAAUAAUAAUAAACGUUAACCUUUCCUCGAGCUGUGGGAAAUUUGUUGUCGUUAGAGCUUCCUCGUACGUCACAGUUGUCUGUUAAUUAUUGAAUUAAUAAAAGAAUUUGAUGAAAAAGAAAAAAAAA